GGGCGUAGGAGGCGGCUGCUGUCUGAGCCCGGCGCCUUGGCACAAGGUCCCGGCUGUGCCGCUCCGCGCUCAAGGUCCCACGGGAGCAGCCAGGUGAGCCGUGACCCCCCCGUCCCGAGCCGCCGCCAUGUCCCGCCGUAGCCAGCGCCUCAUCACCACCCGCUAUUACCCCGGGGAUGACGAUGCCACGACUAGCAGCAGCAGCAGCUCCCUGCUGGGGGGGCAGCAGCUCCCCUUCAAGGAGGGCACCGGCAGGACAGUCAGGAGGAAAUCGAGCAGCACCAAACGUCUCUCUCCUGCCCCCACCACCCAAACCUCCUACUACAGCGAGUCCCUGGUGAGCGAGUCUUACCUGGGGGGCAGCAGGGGCCUUGCUGCCCUGGGCAGCUCCAUGCUGGACGAUGCCCUGGACAGCAGCGCAUAUUGGGGUGGCGAGUUCUCUACCAGGAGGAGAAGAGGCACUGGGGACACAGAGUCCAGCAAGAUCAACGGGCUGCUGGAGAGUAAGACGUACGACACCUACGCCUCUUCGUCUGGGUACUCCUCAGAAGAUGACUAUGCCGGUCACUUCUACUCAGGCCAGAGUAGCUCCGGGUCGGGGCUGAGGUCUGCAGCCUCCCGGGUGGGCUCCUUCCUGUGGCUGGUGUUCACUGCACCACUUCGGUUCCUGGGGUGGCUGUUCUCGGGAGUGGCAGCAGCCUGGCACCGCCUCACCGGCACGUCUCCAUAUGUGGACAGUGUCCCCUUUUCCAGGCGCUACCCAUGGCUGAAGAGGUCCCUGCUUCUGCUGCUGCUCCUACUGCUCCUCGCUGCUGCUGCCUACGGAGCUUGGUACUUCUACCCCUACGGGCUGUCGACACACAGCCUCCCAGCCUUCCCAUGGUGGGGAGCAGGAAAGCUUUCCUCCUCUGAUGUGCCUGGGACAGGGGACCUGACCACGCUGGACCAGGGGCACCACCAGCUCCUGGCUCGCUUCCAGGCCCUGGAGAAGCGCUUUGAGGUGCUGGAGGCCGAGAUGUCGCGGUGGGAGCUGCAGCGCAGAGCAGCAGCUGUGGCAGCAGGUGGGGAGCCACCAUCAGCGGAUGUCCUGGCACUGCUGGAGGGGCUGUUGAGCCGCCGGGACGCAGGGCUGAAGGAGCAUCUCCGCACUGACAUGAACAGCCACCUCCAGGGUGAGCUGGAUGCUCUCCGAGCUGAGGUGCGGAGGGAUCUAGAUGGACACAUAGGGAAGAUGGCACAAGCCUCUCGGGAGAUGGAGACACGCCUGCAGCAGCUGAACUCGGAAUGGAAGAGCUCAGCACAGGAGAGCCUGCAAGGGAGCUUCCAACGGGAGGUGGGCAAGCUGGAACAGGAGGUGGCAGCGCUGAGGAGGGAGCUGGUGAGCCUCAAGUCAGACCAGGAGGUGAUGGGGAAGCACAUGGAGGUGAUGCUGGAGCAGCUGAAGGCAGCACGGGCUGACGUGGAAGCUCAGUUCCCAGCGUGGGUCCGUCAGUUCCUGUCACAGUCCCGGCAGGAUGGCACUGCUGGGCUUGUCCUCCAGCAGGAAGACUUGCAAGCGGAGCUCCAGGCCCUGGAGCGUAAAAUCCUGGACAAAGUCUUGGAGGACAGGAGGCUGUCAGCACAGGAUGCUGGGAUCGGAGUGGCCCUGCAGCAAGGGGGGGGCAUGGGGGUGACGGAGGAGCAAGUGCAACUCAUCGUGGACCAGGCCCUGAAGCGCUACAGCGAGGACCGUGUGGGGAUGGUUGACUAUGCCCUGGAGUCAGCGGGGGCCAGUGUCAUCAACACCCGCUGCUCAGAGACCUACGAGACACGGACGGCACUGCUGAGCUUGUUUGGCAUCCCCCUGUGGUACCACUCGCAGUCCCCCCGUGUUAUCUUGCAGCCAGAUGUCAACCCUGGCAACUGCUGGGCGUUUCGUGGGUCCCAGGGCUUUGCCGUCAUCCGUCUCUCCAGCAUCAUCCGCCCCAUGGCUGUGACACUGGAGCACAUCCCAAAAGCUCUCUCACCCAAGGGGAUCAUCCCCAGUGCCCCGAAGGAUUUUGCUGUCUAUGGUUUAAAGGAGGAGGGAGAGGAGGAAGGCCUUCUCCUUGGGCAGUUCACGUACAACCACAAUGGCAGUCCCAUCCAAACGUUUUACUUCGAGGAUGACACCAUUGGUACGUACCAGCUGGUGGAGCUGCGGGUGCUGAGCAAUUGGGGUCACCUCGAAUACACCUGCAUCUACCGCUUUCGUGUGCACGGGGAGCCGGCGCACUGACCCCAGUGCGGGAUGAGGAUGCUGCCGGGCUGACAGCAGGAGGGGUUCAUCUGGGACACCGCUUCGCACGUAGAAACCCUGGGAUGUGCCAGCAGCUGCUUCCCACAAGAGCUGGGGUGUAAGGGGUGAGGCUUUCACUCUUCCAAGGACUGGGGUGGCAAAGCAAGAGCAUCCCACAUGGGUCUUGGCGCAGCCUGGCUUGUUUUAAGUGUGUAUCGGACACUUUAACUUUUUAAAGCUCCUUUUUUAUCGGGUCUGCGCAGCUCUUCAUUCCCACUGCCUGCUCCUUUCCAAUGAUGUGCCUAGCGGUGCCAGGGCUUGGGAAAGGGGUAUGGAAUUUUGCCAUGUGCUUCACGCAGGCUUUGGUGCGAUACGGUGUAUGGGACCGUGGUGACCGGCUCGCUGCUGCUGGAGUAGGUAGGAGCCAGGAGUCACAGCCACUGACUCUCUCUGCUCCACACAGGGUCAUUUCUCCUGCCCUGGUGUUGGCUUUGGUAGAGAUCUCAGUGUCUCUGAUGCUGGGCUGGCAGAGGGGAAACAAGACAGUAUUAGUGAAGUAUUAACAUAAACUAACAGUUCAGGGUGCCAGGAGGGGAGGAAUUUGGCAUGUGGUGGUGGCAGAGCCUGCCCUGGUGCUGCUGUUUGUCUGCUCAAGUCCUCCUGCUGCCAGCGGCUGGGUACUGGCAAUGCCGUUGGCCUCCCUGGCUGGCUGCUCCCCAGUGUUAAGCUUGAUGAUGCUAUUGAAAACUGUUACCUGCUUUCCUUUUGGGCUUGUUCUGGGUUGGUUUUUUUUGGGGGGAGGUGUUUUCCAGGUGGGGUGUUUGGGGUUUUGUUUUUUGUAGUAACCAAGGUUAAAAACCUUUUUCAUGUGAUUUCUACUCAACCAGAGAAUGUUACGUGGCGCCGCUUGGGCAAGUGGCUUAGAUGCAGAGAGGGCUAGAGCUUUGUUUAGUAGGGGAAUAGCGCACACAGUAGGAUAAGCUAGAAUAAGAUGAGCAGAGCUAUUUAAAAUACAGGCCUUGAGUUGCUGGUGGCUUGGUAGCUGAACCUGGGAGCCAAGGUCCUCUGUGGCCUGCUGCCUGGCAGAGGGCUGGAGAUCCUGCCCUCCUUGCUCCGGAGACAUCCUCCGAGACUGCAAUGUGUGGCUGUGGCCUCUUGUCCAUGGCUGCGUCUGUGUAUAGGUGACUGUCUGCAGUGAACUGGAGCUCUGCCCUACUCUCUCCAUGGGUGGGAAAUGGGGCAAUCCCCAGGGCUUGCAGGUGCAAGCAUGCUCCUGCACCUUGGGGAGCAAUGGGGCUCCCCCCACCUGCAGUGCUCAGGGCUGCCUCUGUCACCUCCUUGUCCCCAGUGGCAGAUGGCUGGCACAGGGUGAUCUGCUUUCUCUUGGAAGGGCUCCCUUUCCCUGCUGUUUCUUCCUGGCCAGCAUGGCUUGGUUCCCUGACCAUGCUGGGACAGGAUGGGGAGUUCUGCCUGCAGUGGGCAUGUAAAUCCUGCAUCUAUCCAUAGGGGUGUGACAGGGGGCAGGGGACUGCAGGAAGUCCUCCCCUGUGGCAGGGGACUGGAGGAAGGAUGCAUGGGGACCUUCCCUGAGCUGGAGUGCCAGGGCCAUCUGGCCACUCUGCUUCCUGGCUGCCUGCAUCGCCCCUAGUUUGGCUUACGUUAUUGGAUGGCAUUUAAAGCCUCCACCUUUGUCUUGUAUUUUGUUGAAAUAAAAGCUAAAGGGCUCA